AUGGAGGCGGGCGAGCGGCGGGGGCGGCUGCGGCGGGAGGCGGCUGAGUAUUACCGAGGGCACCGGGUGCCGGAGCGGAUGGAGGAGGCGCUGAACACGCUGUUCCCGCAGUGCCCCGAGGAUCUCUACGGGGAGCUGGCUAACUACUUUUGUAAAUUUUCAAAAGCUCCAGUAAUAUGCAAAUUAGUUGGAAGAAAAAUUCUUGGUGGAGUUGGCCAGCCAACAUUAGAAGUGGAACUAUACUGUACAGUUAAAAACUAUGAGAAGAGGAUUUGUUCCACUGUGAUGGCUACUCAUUCUCAAAUACCUGAAAAUGCUUUACCUGAAACAAUUGAAGCUGAUGAGAAGGAAAGAAAUGACUCUGUUCAUACUGCUGUGGAAUGGGUCAAUGAAUCACUGAGCCCAAUGUUAAGGCACUUGGAUCCUACUGACCAGUGUCAAGCUGAUAAGAUGCUUGGCGAAUACUUUGCAAACAAGGUAGAAGAAAAAGAGGAAAUUGAAAAGCUAGAAGAAGAAGCAAAAGCGGAAGAAGAAGCAGCAAAAGUCACUCCUACCUCAACACCUAAGCAAAAAAAGGGAGGAAAACCAGGAAAGGCGAUGUCAGUGGAAGCGCAAUCCAUCCCACCUGCAGAACCUGCAGAGUCAGUGCUGCGUGGCAGCUUGGCCAUUGGGGCAACAUCACUUGCCAUAGCAAAGGCUGGGGCCAUCAUUUGCCAUGUCCCAUUGUACUUAUACACUGCACUGCUGAAACACAAUCAGGAAUCACCUAAAGAAAUUACUCUACCACUCCCAAUGGUUACUCUGUUGAACUGUGAAAAAAAUUCACCUUCAAAACUGAAAUUAGUCAAAGAAAUUAUGCUUAUACCACCAGUUGAGUUAUCACUCAAACAGGGCAUAGAAAGAGUUCUGGAUAUUCAGAAAGAAAUGACAAGACUGUUGGAGUCUCGGGGCAAAAUGCAGUAAGAAAGGAAAAGCGCCAAAAGCUCCGGUAAGAAAAGUCAGCCACCAGCCUCAAAAAGAAUAUCACACUUAGGCUGCCUGACUGCAGGAUAUGAUAAUCUAGAACAACUGCUACUCCUAAUGCAAAGAGCUUGCAACAAUAUCGGUCUGGAGCUAGGAACAGAUGUAUACUUAGCAAUAAAUUGUGCUGCUCAUGAAUUAAUGGAUUAUGAUAAAGGAAAGUAUGAAAUACUUGCUGGAACAUUCAAAAGUCCUGAUGAAAUGGCUGCCAUGUAUGUGGACAUUAUUAAUAAUUUUCCUUUUAUUAUUGCAUUGAUAGAUCCCUUAAGAAAAGAGGACAGAGACCAGUGGAGUAGCAUCUGUUGUGCCCUUGGCUCCAAAUGCUACCUGAUUGCUGAAGAUGCUGCCACGCAAAUUUCCAAACUCAAAACCGACCAAAACGUAAACAUAGCAAUGUGCAGUGGUGUUGUCCUAAAAUACAUCAACCAAACCAAGGUGUCAGACCUCAUAGAACUUACUGGAAUUCUGGAUGGUCAAAGACAUAUUACCAUAUUAGGAAGUCCAGAUGGAGAAUCUUCAGAUGAGAGCCUCGUGGAUCUGGCUGUGGGCCUGGGUGCCAGGUUCCUCAAGUUGGGAGGUCUCUCCCGCGGAGAAAGGGUGGCCAAAUACAACCGGCUGCUGGCUAUAGAGGAGGAACUGGCCGCGAAUGGAGCGCUGCGUGAAGCAAAACUUGAAUUCGUUGAUUUUGCUGAAGAAUCACAGCCAGAACAACUUCCCAAUGUGCUUCCUGCCCCAGAGCAGGGUUAGUUGCCUCCACAGCUCCCAGCCAGCCUUGCAGAUUCACAGCCUGCCUGCUCAGCUCCCAGAGAACAGCACACUAACCUAGGCUGUCAACAUUAACUUUGGGAUAAAUUUCUAAGAAAAGGCAUUUUACUACGAAACUCAUAUAUCAACUAUU